AGCAAAGGAACUUGCAGGUCAACUCACGUCAGUCAACGCAAACCAGCCAAUCUCUCCCUUCGCCUACUCAGACUGCCUCUGAUGAGCCUAAACCCACAAGCCGCUGGUCGCGCCGCUGCACGGGUAGCCGAGCAUGGGGGCGGGGCCCGGCCUCGCCGCCGCCACCUCCCGGAUCGCCGCCCUCGGCCGCGCGGGCGACGCGGCCGCCGCGCGCGCCGUGUUCGACGCUAUGCCCCGGCGCGACGCCGUAGCCUGGAACGCCAUCCUCACCGCCUACGCGCGCGCCGGCCUCCCGCGCGAUGCCCUCGCGCUUUUUGGCCGCGCUCCCGCGCCCGACGCGUUCUCCGCGACCGCCGCGCUCACCGCGGCGGCGGACCUCCGCUGCCGCGCCGCCGGCUCGCAGCUCCACGCCCGACUCCUCCGCCUCGGUCUGCAGGCGCCGCUCCCCGUGGGCAACGCGCUCGUCGCCAUGUACGCCAAGUGCGCCUGCUCUGACGACGCCGCUCGCGUUUUCCGGGAGAUGCGCGAGCGCAAUGUGCUGUCCUGGUGCUCGCUCCUGCAUGCCUAUGUUGUUUCAGGACACAUGAGGCUCGCGCAAGAGCUGUUUGAUGAAAUGCCCACAAGAAGCAACGUCGGCUGGAACACAUUGCUUAUGGGAUAUUCACGCAGUGGCAAUGCAAACCAUUGCUUGCUUCUGUUCAACAAGAUGCGGAUGUCAGGGCUGACCUGUGAUGAUGCAACACUCUGCAUUCUUGUUGAUGCUUGCACGGAGCUGCCCAACCCGUCUACCGGCUUUGCAAUUCACAAGAUUGUAGUGCAGAGUGGAUGGAAUGCCAUCGCCGAGGUCAGUAACUCUCUGAUUACCUUGUACACUAAGUUCAACUUGCUCGAUGAUGCCGUGUGGAUCUUUGAGUUCAUGGAGGUACGGACCACUGCGUCGUGGAAUUCGUUGAUCGAUGCUCACAUGAAGCUUGGCUACAUAGAACAAGCUUAUUCACUCUUUCAAAAUGUACCUGAGACCAAUAUCAUCUCAUGGACUGCAAUGAUCGGAGGAUUUGCAAGGAACGGUUGUGCUGAUGAAGCACUUUCGCUAUUUGUCAAGAUGUUGGCACAUGGACAUAUCCAUCCGGAUGAUUUCACGUUUGGGGCUGUGCUGCAUGCUUGUGCUACUGCAGCGUCUCUAGCAAGUGGAAGGAUGAUCCACGGUUGUGUGUUCCAAAGUGGGUUUGCAUCCUACUUGUACGUGGCCAACAGCUUGAUGGACAUGUAUGCCAAGUGUGGGGAUGUGGAGGGCGCAAACAAUGUCUUCAAUGCCAUCGUCAACAAGGACCUGAUCUCAUGGAACACGAUGUUGUUUGGAUUCGCAAUAAAUGGAUGGGCAAAUGAAGCAUUGGUGGUAUACAAUAGCAUGUCAUCCAAUGAUGUCUGCCCCGAUGGGGUGACAUUUGCAGGCUUGCUCACAGCUUGCAGCCAUGCCGGCCUUCUGGAGCAGGGAAAAACCUUCUUUGAGUCAAUGGUAUAUGUUCAUGGACUUCAACCAAAGCCAGAGCACCUGGCUUGCGUUCUAGACAUGUACGCAAGAUCAGGGAACAUCGCGAAGGCCACUGAGAUACUGGACCACUACUCCGAAACAAUUCAGACCCAUAGCAGCGACAUACAUGAAGCUCUGCUAAGCGUAUGCUCAUCGCAGCACCUGGACGUCAGGGUUGGCAAGAAGGUAGGGAAAGACAUGGUGGCGGCCAAGCCUGCAAGAGAUGCCGGCUAUGUCAUGUUGUCCAACUUGUUGUGCGCCAGUGGGCAGUGGAACGAGGCUGAGAAGGUGAGAAGAGCAAUGGCUGAACACGGUGUCAGGAAGUCUCCCGGGUGUAGCUGGAUCGAGGUGAAGGGUGCAGUUAAGGUAUGUGUGUCAGGUGGGCAAGAUCUUGAUCGGACAGGUUUUGUAUGCGAUGUUAUUCGCGUAUUGGAUGAUGAAAUGAGAAAUAGCAUGCAUUGUGAUUUGUAGAGGUCAUCAGGGCCACACAUCGACAUUGUUGUUUGUAUUCAAAUAGGAGUUUCCGUAUAUAUAAUUUUGAGAAUAGUAUAGGAGUUUC